AUGCCAAUACAAGGAGGAGAAUUAAAUUACAACAAAGAAGAAAAUAAGAAACCAGUAGAUGACAAAUCUAAGACUGACGACAAGUCCAAAGUCGAUGACAAGUCCAAGACUGGCGACAAGCCUAAGGUCGAUGACAAGUCUAAGACCGGCGACAAGCCUAAGGUCGAUGACAAGUCUAAGACUGAAGACAAGCCUAAGGUUGACGACAAAUCCAAGGUGGAUGACAAGUCUAAGCUAGGCAAAGAUGCAGCAGGUGCCACUGGAAUAUCAUCUGCUACUGAGAAAAAGAUAGACUCGCUUCUGCCAAAGACACAGCCAACAAAGCCAUCAGACGAGAAGCUUGAGUCCAGCAAGAUUACGGAUGCCACCAAAGCAACAGGAAGCAUAGGCUCAUCAAAGCCUAGCGAUUCCAAAGGUCCCAGCGUGCCACCAAAGACUGGAGCAACAGGUCUUCCAAAGAUGCCAAUGGGUGCAGCAGGACCCACCACCAAGCCCCCAGGAUCAGCCCCCUCGGGAAACGCACCGACCAGCACCAAGCCUCUCGCACCUGGUGCCAAAGGACCAGCCGGACAGCCAAGCAAGCCUUCAACUGGCUCAAAAGAAACUGGUGCUGCUGCAUCAUCAUUGUCUGGUAGCUCGGCUCCAAGAAACCCAGAGAGCUCUCUUAAUCGGGGCGCAAUUGACUCCACCCAGGAGGAUGACGAGUCUAAUGCUAUCGUGCGGUUCUUCAGAAAGAUCAAAAACGCUAUUGCUGGCUUCUGCUGCCAAACCGAGGACAACAUAAGACACGUGGCUUAA